GGAUGGAAUGAUACUUGUAACUUGUGUGAUCUGAUAGAUUCGUUACCCCUAUUAUAGAUUUCAUUGCAUAUAAAACCUCCACUAAACCCCUCACUCCUUUGAAAUUAGCUUUACGAAAAUGAAUCCAACAACGUUAAGCCCUAUGCUUCAUUCUUUAUCGCAGUCCAACAAUCCAUCCAGUUGUAUUACUACUUCUCCACCUGCAAUCUUUCUUCUCAAAUGGAAUUCUUGAAAGUUGUAUCACAUCAAUGACUGGGGAUUCUCAAUCUCGUACAAGUGUCAAACCUUCAAUCAACUAUAGAUAUAAUCCUCAUGGAGGACCUUUUUUUGACCUUGUGGAUGUUACUCGUGAAGAUUAUGCUCCCAGUUCCCAUGAUAACAGGAAACAACCUUCUCAAAAAGCUGAAUCCAGGUCAUCAUCCAUAGUCAGCACUACUGAUCUCAUAUCAGGAGCUGGACAAUUAUGGAAUUUUGCCACCUCAUCUCUUCCCGUUUUACGCCAUAGAACAUCAACACAGAACAAUGAUAACCUUCAAAAAGCAAACACAUUUUAUUAUCCAGCAGAAGAAGGGAAUGUAAUUGCAUCUAUUCCCUCUGAAACUCAGAAUGUCUCGAUCAAUCUUAAAGCUAAAACUCAUGUUUCACCUACAGUAGAUGUGCAAAAAGACCUGGAUUCUUUACAUGUAGCCAAAAAACUCUCUUCUUUUGAUUGUUUCAGUGAUUCUCACCAUUGCUACCACCUUCUGAGAUCCUGCAAAGAAAAAAGGAUUUCUAGUGUAAUGAUCUCGAAUGAAUUCCAAAAUGUAUAUGGAUGGAUGACUGACAUACAGCUUUCAGGAGCAAAGUAUAAGAAAAGAACCGAUUACUGCUCUAAUGCUGUAGAAAUAAAUGGUGUUGAAACAAUCGAUCCAGAUGAUGCUACUAGACUUAAUGAUGUGACUACAUCACAUGAAAAUACAAACAAUAUGAUCAAAACUAGUGCAAGUGUUAUGUCUCUGUGCUCAGAUUAUCUUCUUCAUCCUAUAGAAGAGAAAGAGAACGACUUAAGUGAGAUCAUAGAGGGACAAGAUAGUAAAUUUGUCAACCAUGAAGUUUGUACAUCAACAUCAUAUAAACUUGCAAAACAAGAGCAUGCUUUUGCUGGAGCAUUUGCUGGAAUAUUUGUUAGCCUGUGUCUGCACCCCAUGGAUACAGUGAAGACUGUCAUUCAGUCAUGUCCAACAGAUCAAAGAUCCAUUCCAUAUAUUAGCAAGUCAAUUAUAUCUGAAAGAGGUUUAUCAGGACUUUAUCGCGGAAUCACAAGCAAUAUUGCUUCUUCAGCACCAAUUUCUGCAAUUUACACUUUCAGUUAUGAAUCAGUAAAGGGGGCUUUGCUUCCCCUUUUUGCCAAGGAGCAUCAAUCAUUGGCUCAUUGCAUAGCUGGAGGUUGUGCAAGUGUUGCCACAUCAUUUGUUUUUACUCCAAGUGAGCGAAUAAAGCAGCAGAUGCAAGUCGGCUCACAUUAUCACAGCUGUUGGAAUGCUUUUUGGGGGAUUGUUGGGAAGGGAGGCUUUUCAUCAUUAUACAAUGGAUGGGGAGCUGUACUUUGUAGGAAUGUUCCUCAUUCUAUUAUCAAGUUCUAUACAUAUGAGAGUUUGAAAAAGCUGAUGUCUUUGCAUCAAGCACAUGCUCAACCAACCACACUAUCAACGCUAUUAUGUGGAGGAUUAGCUGGAUCUACUGCUGCUUUGUUUACAACUCCUUUUGAUGUGGUGAAAACAAGAUUGCAGACACAGAUACCUGGAUCUGUAAACCGUUAUCAUGGUGUUUUUGACACUCUUAAAGACAUAGCCCAACAUGAAGGACCCAAGGGUCUAUAUAGGGGGUUGACUCCAAGAUUGGCCAUGUACAUGACUCAGGGAGCACUAUUUUUUGCAUCUUAUGAGUCCUUUAAAAGGGGAAACAAAUCAAUUGAUUCUUGUGAAGAUGGAUGGAUGGAUGGAUAUGAUUGUUUUGAUUCUUUUAGUUUAGGUGUCAUAUGA